AUGGUGCACGAGGGUAAAAAGGCUGCGUCUGUCGCCGGGAAAUUCUGUUUCCUAUCGUUAGCUCAGUGGUUAAGGCAGGAAAUUACAGACAGAGAGUUCGUGGAUCGAACCAGACCUCUCUCUCUCGACUUUUCCAGUCUAAGCAUGGGCAACCUGGCAGCAUCUCAGCUCUCGCGCUUCCUUAGGGUGGCAUGGCAGCUGUGCACCGAAUGGGUUUUAUGGCUAGACGCGAUCAUUCUAUUUAUUCCCACCAUCAGCAGCGAAAUGGUGGCUGAAUUUCUCUUGAGUAACCCAAGUCAUUGCCGUCUUCCUGGAUGGGGACCCCGAAACGGGCCACAUCAACGGUAUGAGACAUUGUCGGAUAUGACCCAGUCCCGCCAUUUAACAGCCCAUCUACAGUGCUGUAUUUACGCAAUUACUUAUAAGCUCCCGCCUCCAAUGCGCAGCUACCUACUACACCUCCCCGAAUCAUCAGUGAACGAAACUGCAGCAGCUACAACCACUUACGCAGUUAUUACGGCUGACAAUGAUGAUGAUGAUGAUGAUGAUGACGAUGAUGAUGAUGAUGAUGAUUAG